AUGGCGGAACACUUGGACCCGAUCCUCAGAGCAUUCUGGGAGGGGUUUCCAUGCCCUCCGCCCUGGAAGACAGACUUAUUAUUCCAAGUGAACACAAGUUGUAUAGACAGCCAGCUAGGUGAUAGUGUUAAAUUGUUUAUGGCUGAAAAAUGUGGAAUAGAUCACGAAGGGUUUAAUAUCCAGUCAACUUCACCAGAAGAAAAGAUAGUUGUAGCGGACUGUGGUUUAAACUGUAAAAUAGUGAUAAUAUUAGUAUGUUUGACUGUUAUUUUAGCCACUGUUGCUGGAGUAUUAUAUCUUAUUAACAGGAAAGCUUCAGAUAAACCAGCUUCCAGUCCAAAUCAUCAAACAGCUUUAAAUCCCAGUGCUGAUCCUAAAUAUUAUUCCACGUGUCAUUAUUCACCCCCAUCUGUAUAUUCUAGACAAUCAGAGAUCACUAUACGAGGAAACAAAGCGGAAACAAGACUGUUACAACAUUACUAUCCACCCAUCUCGCCAUAUUCCUUGCAUCCUGACGAUGUACGUUACCAACAAGCACGUGAUCUCGAACUUCCGGACAGCAACAGUUUCACAAACUAUAGAAAGUUACCAGAUGGUGAUUAUUCACCGUCUAGCGGUGCAAGUCAGUAUAGUGAUAAGUCGCCAAUAUAUGAAUACAUAGACUCUGAUUCAAACCUGGAAGAUAGGCGUCGACACCCCAGAGAAUCCAACUCAGUAUGCACGUGUAAUUGUGGCGAAACGGGAUACGGAUCCUCAUAUUAUAGUGAUACAGCAACGAAUACUCAAACAUUACAACUGCGACCAAUACGCAACGCAAGGUCGUAUGUAACGUAUCAUGAAAAUAGUGACAUUGAAGAGCCAAUGCCUAGAAGACAUUCACGUAGUAGUAACCGCAGUCGCUCAAGCCGUCAAUCCAAUAGUAGUUAUUGUGCAGUAGAACGCAAUAGAGACGGAACGAUCAGAAGAACAAUACCGGCCGUGCAUCCGCAUUACUUUGCACCGGAACUUCCGUACAGGUGA